GCAUGCAGCAGGAGGCCGUUGAGGGAUCCAGCAGCUGGUAGUGAGUUGCUAGAGCGCCGAGCAGGCAGCAGCUAACGGUCAACAGAGCACACACAUUUCCUACUCCAUGUGAGAAAAACGGAGCCGUCUAGCACACAGGCGACAGAAAAAUAUGCUGUUCGGACGCCUGACGAGUCACCGCACCGGCUUUUGAGUCAUCAUUGUCACCCGGUCUUCAUUUUGGAGGAUUCCUCCCUCCAUCCUCCGGAUCGCACCAGACAGGCAAUGACAACGGUCUCAGCAACCCCGCAGCAGAUGAGGGACCGGCUGCUGCAGGCCAUCGACAGUCAGAGCAAUAUAUGCAAUAUGGUGGCUGUAUUGGAGGUAAUUUCCUGUCUUGAGAAGUAUCCUAUCACCAAAGAAGCACUUGAGGAAACACGACUUGGAAAAUUGAUCAAUGAUGUAAGGAAGAAGACCAAGGAUGAAGACCUUGCCAAGCGUGCUAAGAAACUCUUAAGGAAUUGGCAAAAGCUGAUUGAACCUGGGCCAGCUGUGGCCACGAGUGCCCCUGGGUCUACCAAUGGCAGUUCUCAUCCAUGCAGAACCGAGGCCUCUCCUCCUGACAUCUCUGUGUCAGGGAAGGGUGUGCCUGAAGUCAAAAUCAGAAACGAUGUUCACAACACGUACUCGCCAAAAGCUGAGAAAUCAAGCAGCCGCAAACGCCGAGCAGAGCACAGAGACAGUGGAGUGCACUUACCAGAAAAAAUCUCCAAGAUGUCCUCAUAUGAUAACUCUGUUUCAUCACCACCCACCAAUGGGAUUGCAGGCAGUCCUGAUGCCCCGCCUGAACAGCAAGUUGUCCCGUCUCCUGACAGAUCUCGGAUAGAGCACCUUGAUAAUGAUAAAAUUAACAGAAUUCCGGUGAAUGCGGUCAAGCCUCGCCCCAGCUCCCCUGGAGUGGCCAAACUACCUAGCACUUCCUCUAUGAUCAAGGUUGCUGUGAUGCAGCAACAGGCCAGAUUGGAUGAAGGAGGAGGAGGGGCAUAUUAUCAAGCCAAAAGUCCCCGUGGCCUCACUACCAGUCCAAGGAGCAUGAAGCAAGACACAGUGACCAAGCGCUCUUCAGCAUACGCACCGAAAGGAACGCCUAUCCCAAGCCCUUCCUCAAGGGACUCUCCCCUGUCUUUGCCCCAGUCUGUAUCCUCCCCAGCCCAAGCAUCUUACGCUGACAAGCUGCCACAUUCUUCUCACAGAUCUUCAAUGCACUGGGCCAGUUCGUCAGAAGUUCCCUCUCAUUGCCCACCACAUGACAUAUCUGCAACACUGGAAUCCCCUUCAGUCUCCCCUUCGCCCUCUCAUCCCCAACACAACUCAGAACUGUACAGACCAACAUCUGAGGGCGCCAUGUCUAUGUCUGAUGACACAGAUGGGACAACGGUCCCCAACUUGGAGCAUAAAAGGAGGAAGUACAGAUCAAGAGACUACUCUGUCAACUUAGAUGGCCAGAAAAUAGAAGACACGACUAAGCCUGUACGGUUAAAAGAACGCAGACUAACGUUUGACCCUGUCACAGGUCAGAUCAAACCUCUGAUCCAUAAAGAACCUUCUCAAACAGAGGAAGCCCCCACUCCUGACCCUGCUGAGUCUAGGCAGAGAACUGAAAUUACUGUACAACAGCCAGCUGCCCCAGCUCCAGCCCCAACUCCAGCCCCAGCUUCAGCCCCAACUCUAGCUCCUGCUCCUGCUCCUGCUCCUGCCCCAGCCCCAGGUACCGGCCCGAACCCUUUCCAUCAAACGAACUGGAAGGAGCUGUCCAGAAACGAAAUCAUCCAGUCCUACUUGAACCUUCAGAGCAAUGUGCUCACCUCCUCAGGGGUCCAGGCCCCUAGUGCACACUUUUUCAUGUCAGAGUAUCUGAAAAGGGAAGAACAGGAGAUCAAGGACUCACGGAAGAUACAUGUUCUGCAGACGGACAGUUCAGUAGGGGAUUUACCGGGCGUGAGCCGGGAGGUAAUGGAGGAGGACCUGGGCAGGAUACACACACAGCACUGGCCAGGGGUGAACGGUUGUUACGACACCAAGGGCACCUGGUAUGAUUGGACAGAGUGCAUAUCAUUGGACCCUCAUGGGGAUGAAAGCAAAUUGAACAUCCUGCCAUAUGUUUGCCUAGACUGAGGGGUUUGGGAAGGUUGCUGUCCUUUUCCACUCCUUUCUUUGUCUCACCGCAGAGACAAGAUACUUUGUGAUUUUGUUUGUCCACUGUGAGUUCGGCAAAAGCCAGGCCUGCUAAACUCCCCCACCCCUGCCCCAAGCCUCUUCCUCUUUCUGUGAUAAUCUGUUGAUAUUGGUAUAAAAAGGGUAAAAAUUAAAAGAAUAGUUGAGUUUGUAAUACCAAGGGCUGUUUCUGUUUUAUUUUUCAAACUGAAAGCCACAGGAAUGAUGAGGCCCUACCUGCAGAGUGCUGCUACUAACACUGACGGCAAGAAAGAGACAACAGAAUUAUCCCAGAUGAUCGGAAAUGGUGUUGUGAUGUGAAUUAUUGAUGUUCUGAUUCGUACCUCUAUUUCAGGCUCACUGGGAUGAUACUGUUUUCUUUUUUCAUUACCUUCUAGUUUCUACUGAGGAAUUACAAUCUAGAGUUAAAUUUGAGGGAAGGCUGGGGUUUAGCUGUCCUGUCCAGAUCGCCAUGUUGGUGCCCAGAAAGGUGUAGAGUGCAUCUAGCACAGGUAGAGCUGAACAUGUCCAGAGUUUGAAAUACUGGAGCAUAUUUGGCAGUUACAAGAAGCUUUAUGUGAGAUAUAAAGAGUAAAUUAUAAAUUUCUUAUCAUGUAUACAUCUAUUUAUUUUGACCAGUUCAUUAAUGGGAUGUUCAUCCAGACACACUUUCAGAAACCUAUCAAUCUGUUUAUGUUUUGCUUUUUUGUUUCUGUUUGCAUCACAGUGUUGUCAGCCUAAUCUUCAAUGUUAAAGGGGCAUGCAGAUGCUUUUUGCAGGGUCUUUCUUAAAGAUUGGCCGAUGCAUUUGGUCAUAAACAUUCCAUACUCCACCCUUCACCCUUUCACUCUCUCCAUCUCAUCACACAGCCUCAUAUGUCCAUGCCAUCUCAACUCUCAAGAAGAAAUUCUUCAAAAAUCCCUUGGUGUCAACUGAGUGGAUCAAAAUAAUUUGGUGCUAAUUUGAAGUUAAUUCAGCGAUAAUGAAAAACUGGCCACUAAUUCUCUCUCAAGACUAAAAUAUUAAAGAAUGUCAAAUCAGAUCAAUAAUUGCAUAGAGGCAACGGAUGGUGGGACUCACUUUGUUUCCAUUCCUUUAGAUAUUGUUUGCCUCCUGGAAUUCCUUCACAACCUUUUUCUGAGUUCAACAGCCUUAGUGAAUGUACAGGAUUGAGACUUAUUAUGCAGUUGACAACUUGUGGGUCAUUUCAUCACAGACUUAAUUCAAGUGUGAAUAGCGGCCGACGCUCCCACAAUUUAUCUGCCGAUUGUUUCUUCAGAGUCUCAGACACAUUCAACGUUUUAGCAGCUGCUUCCGAGAAUUGAGAAAACUUAUAGGACGCUGUUUGAGGUAGCAUUUCUUUUGCUUCCAUUUUUGAAUACAGCCACCAUGAAAGGGAGCGAGAGAUAAAGCUGUGGGCAUCAGAUUUCUUUGCAUUUUCCAUGUGGUAACUUGAGCUUAAUUUUGAUUUCCCUUUAUCCUCAUCAGUCUCUACCACAUUUUCUCACGACUUAAAUUAAGAUUGGCUUCUGUGCAGCCUCUCUGUCCAUACAUCCUUUCAGUCAUUCAUCCCUACCAAUGUGCCUUGGUAAAUGGUAAGUCUGGAUUUGCUUCCGCAUAAGAUUCACCUGUCCACGGAGCCAGGUUUACGUGGGAGCAUUCCAAAUCCCGUGAUCAAUACGACGCUGUUAUAUGCACCAUUUCUGUUACCUUUUGUACACAUUGAUCUAGUGAGGGUGAAGCUGCAGACAAUGAGAAACUGCACAACAACACAGCUGGCAAUAAAGGAAAAGUGCUACAAGUGGUUGAUUAGAAUCUGUUUUCUGGAGUUUUGACUGGGGCAUCUUUAUUUGUUCAGUGUUUAACAUCUCUCAAUUGUUUGAAAAAUAAAAUGAUCUAAA